AUGGCAUCUAACACCUCAAACAACAUUUUGCGAUCUAUCCUUGAGAAGGAUAAACUGAAUGAAACAAACUUUUUAGACUGGCACAGAAACUUGAGGAUUGUCCUCAAACACGAGAAAAAGCUGUAUGUGCUAGAUGGGCCUGUUCCUGAAGAGGCACCUGAUGGGGCUACUAGGGAUGAAAGAGAUGCUUAUAAUAGGCAUGUCAAUGAUGCCAUAGAAGUCUCGUGUAUCAUGCUUGCGACCAUGACUGCUGAGUUGCAAAAACAGCAUGAAAACAUGGCGGUGUUCGAUAUGAUCGAACACCUCAAGACUCUAUACCAAGAGCAAGCAAGGCAUGAAAGGUUUGAUGUCUCAAAGGCUCUCUUCCAAACCAAGUUGUCGGAGGGAAACCCUGUAGGGCCUCAUGUACUCAAAAUGAUUGGGUAUGUAGAGAACCUUGAAAGGUUGGGUUUACCUCUUGAGAGGGAACUGGCUAUUGACCUCAUCUUGCAAUCGUUGCCGGAGAGUUUUAGCCAAUUUGUCAUGAACUUCUUAAUGAACGACAUGGAUAAAUCAUUGCCCUAG